UCGCCAGAAAAGCUCUUGCCAAGUAAUAAUUCCGUUCCAGCUUACAAUUCCAAAGUCAACCUCCCUGCCAGUUUUUCCUCCAAAUUCUCCGCUUCUGCUUUGGGUCGUUAUAUAUUUAAUUAUAUUUUUUGCCCUUUCAUUUUUGUUUUUUUUGAAAAUUCAAUUACUUAGCAUAUAAAGAAACCUUCUCCAACUCAAAAACCUCUAAUUCCUUAUCCACUCACUUGUUUAACUGAAUUUCUUUCCAUUAAUUUGUGUAAUUAUUCCACACAGAACAAAUUAGCCGAAUUUUUAUUUACGGGCUAUUGAUUUUGUAAUUAGAAGCUCUCAAAUACAAGAAAAAAAUGGGUGAUAUGAAAGACAAGUUCAAGGGUUUCAUGAAGAAAGUGAAUACCCAAUUACAAUCUUCUUCUUCUGGUAAGUUCAAAGGCCAAGGUCGAGUCUUGGGUGGUGGUUCGGGUUCCUCUUCUUCUUCAGGACCCGUUAACCCGAUUCAUACUCGUUAUUCUCAGCCUGUUAAUCCAAAACCAACUCCAGACCCUCCUUCGCUCAAUUCUACUUCAAAUUGCAAACCUUUGCCUCAAAAAACAACCAACUUUGAACAAAUCAAACCUGAUUCGGUUAAUAACCCGACUCCAAAUCGAAAUUCCGGAGGUGGGUUUGAUCCAUUUGACUCGUUGAUUACCACAGGUAAAAGAUCUCAAAAUGGUUAUUCACUUAAUACGUUUGAAUGCCCAAUUUGUGGCCAGUCAUUUAGAUCUGAAGGAGAUGUGUCUAUUCAUGUUGAAAGUUGUGUAAAUAACAAUAAUAAUAAUGUUAACAAUGGUGUAGUUGAUGGAGAAAAUGAGCUGGUAGAAUCAAGUGGUAAAAGUGAAUUACAGGCUUCUGUCGUUGAUGCAUAUUUAUCAGGGAAGACACCAGAUGGGUCUGUUCAAGUUGUGCUUAGACUGUUUACAAAUAUUGUCAAGGAACCAGAUAAUGCAAAAUUUAGGAAGAUUAGAAUGGGAAACCCAAAGAUCAGGGAAGCUAUUACUGAGGUUGCAGGAGGGAUUGAACUGUUGGAAUUUGUUGGGUUUGAGUUGAAGGAAGAUGGUGGAGAAAUGUGGGCAGUUUUGGAGGUGCCUGAUGAGGAGAGGAUUAGAUUGAUCAAUAAGGUGAUUGAGUUGUUAGAACCUAAGCCGGUAAAGGAUGAGGCGUCAAAGAUACAGGAUAAGCCUUCUGUUGCUUCAGCUGGGACAAAGGAGCAGGUUGAGCCAAAGAAGAUUGACAGGCAGAUCCGAGUCUUCUUUUCCGUCCCUGAAAGCGUAGCAGCAAAAAUUGAGUUACCGGAUUCAUUUUACUAUCUGUCUAUUGAUGAGGUGAAAAGAGAAGCAGAUGCAAGGAAGAAAAAGAUUGCAGAAUCGCAGCUUUUGAUCCCUAAGUCUUACAGAGAAAAGCAGGCAAAAGCUGCCAGGAAGAGAUACAAAAGGACCCUUAUACGUAUUCAAUUUCCUGACGGAGUGGUUCUUCAGGGUGUCUUUGCUCCUUGGGAGCAAACUACUGCUCUCUACGAGUUUGUGAGCUCAUCAUUGAAAGAUCCAAGUUUGGAGUUUGAGCUGUUAGAUCCAGUUCUGGUCAAAAGGCGAGUAAUCCCUCAUUUCCCUGAAGCAGGACAGAGAGCCUCUACGUUAGAGGAUGAGGAUUUGGUUCCUUCGGCUCUCAUCAAGUUCAGACCUCUUGAAACCGAUUCCUCUGUCUUCACAGGGCUCUGUAAUGAACUUCUUCAGAUUAGUGAACCGCUCAAUUGAUUCAGAAGAAGUGCAUUUGGGGAUAUGUCAAAUGUUGAUAAAUCUUCAGUUUUGCUCUUUUUCCUGUUAUAUUUUUCAUUUAACUGUAAUUUAUCUCUGAUUCUUCCCCAAUAUAGAUUAUACUUGCCAAGAAGACGUGUGUAUUCUAUUCUUGUACUCAUAAUAUUUUUUAAAAUAUACAGAUUCAGCCCCUAGAA